AUGCCUCCUCUAAUUCAACUUCCCACGGAGAUCACCACCGCCAUCUUGUCUUUUACAGACCCCAAGGAUCUCGCUCAGGUGAACCUAACAUGCAAGUAUCUUUACGGUCUCGUAAAGGACAAUGCUUCCCUGUUCAGAACCAUGUAUCUCCACCUCAUCGAUGGUCCUCCUGAGGAGCUCGACUGGGUAGGGGAGGUCAAAGAUCUCGCAAGAUUCAGAGCUAUCUGCGCGAGUUCGGAUCCUCCGGUGAGUAACAAGAAACAAGGAGCCUUGCCCUACCACUUGUUCUUUAGCGAACGCCCCCAGAUGAGCAUGGCCUACCAAGCCGGCCGCGGUGUGGACAUUCUACGCGACUGCUUUGCCAACAAUCGGGCCGUCCAGACCUUCAUGUGCCGAUCUUUCAUCUUUCAGCGCGCUCGCGCCCCUAUCCAGAGCUUCGACCAGCCCAAGCAGCCCCCCACGCGCGAACAGCAGAUGUCCGCCAAGCUGCACUGUCUGUUCGGCGACAUGGUCCUCAACUAUGGACGCACCCGGUCGACGAGGGCGUACCCUUUUGCUUGUAGCAAGCUUUACGAUAUCAGGGAGUACACCCAAAGGACUAGAUGGGGUCCCUUUCUCGAUGAGGGCCCAGGGCCAAUUAGGCAAGGUUUUGGGACACCCCAGCUGGUCCCGCCCGCGGAUCGCGUGGACUGGGAGAAGGUCGAGGCCAUCAUGAUCGUGCUCUGGGCCAACAUGAAAGAGCAGGAUCUAGACCGCCUGCCCAUCUUCAAUUCGUUCUGGGGCAUCCCCUUCGCCGGCUGCUGGCCUAACAGUUAUCUCCCCCUUGGCCUGGACGACCAGGCGGAGAUAGAAGACGUGCCAGAGGAUCCGUACGGUAUCUCUGGAACCUAUUUGAGGAUCAUCUGUUUCCUCGACUAUAACGAUUACUACGCCUUCAACUUCCCGCCUCACGACUUGCUACCCGAUCACGUCCCGCGUCCUUCUCUCGACGAGACCGAGGCCACGCGCGUCCUAGUCAUGAAGAUCUGGGUCACCAAGGUUGACCCGCCAGGCCCCGAGGACCACCAGGACUACCCCGUCGUCCACUUGAAAGGGAUCACGCGGUCUCUCGACGCGAGCUGGCCUGACAGUGGAAGCUCCAAUCUUAAAGGUUCGGUACGAAUGACACGAGAAGGCGAGGUCCAUUGGACGACCUACUCCAUAUUCGACGGCGAAUCUCGAUGGCGCAGCGAGGGCAUCCAACUCGGAGGCAUGAAGUCGAGCAAAGUGAUUGGCACUUGGUUUGACGCAAACUACGAUCCCUCCGGGCCCUGUGGGCCAAGCGCCUUUUGGAAAAUCGGUGACAGACUUGUCGGCAGCGAUAAUGGUGAUAUUACUAAGGACGAUUGUCUGCCCAUUAUUGAGGCUCCGGACCCCGACAGCAACGUGCCCGGGCUCAGCCUUCUUCACGGUCUCGGCCUUGGGGGCUACGGCGCGUCCUCGGUUCAGGUUCAGGUAGGCUUUCCCUUCUAG